CCACAAACCGCAGCGCCACCGCUGCGACCCCCACCCCACGUCGCGGCAACGCCUCCUCCUCCUCCUCGGCGCCGCCGCGAUGAUGUUCCGCCCCGGCACCGCCGUGUGGGUGGAGCACGCGGACCUCACCUGGGCCGAGGCCGAGGUGGUAUCCUCCCCCGCCUCCCCGUCCUCGAAGUCCUCGGUCACGGUCGUUCUAUCCACCGGCGUCAAGGCCGUGGUGGACGGUAGGAAGGUCCUGCCGCGGGACACAGAGGCCGAUCUCGGGGGCGUCGACGACAUGACCAAGCUCGUCUACCUCCAUGAACCCGGGGUGCUUUGCAACCUCGCGCGACGAUACACACUUAACGAGAUAUACACAUACACAGGGCGCAUCUUGAUCGCUGUAAAUCCUUUCGCAAAGCUGUCUCAUAUGUACAAUAUGCAUAUGAUGGAGCAGUACAGAGGCGUGCAGUUUGGUGAAUUGAGUCCACAUGUUUUUGCCAUUGCAGAUGCAUCAUACAAAGCUAUGGUUAGCGAGAACCGCAGCCAGUCCAUAUUAGUCAGUGGAGAAAGUGGUGCUGGGAAAACGGAAACCACCAAGCUCAUUAUGCGAUAUCUUACUUUUGUUGGGGGCCGUGCAACUGGUGAUGUCCGCUCUGUGGAGCAACAAGUUCUAGAGUCAAAUCCACUGUUGGAGGCUUUUGGUAAUGCACGGACUGUGAGAAAUGACAACUCCAGUCGAUUUGGGAAAUUUGUUGAAAUUCAGUUUGAUAAAUCUGGUAGAAUAUCUGGGGCUGCAGUUCGAACUUAUCUCCUGGAACGGUCUCGUGUUGUGCAAAUUUCUGAAUCUGAAAGGAAUUACCACUGUUUUUAUCAACUUUGUGCAUCUGGGCAGGAUGCAGAUAAAUACAAGCUUUCUCACCCUAGGAACUUUAACUACUUGAAUCAAAGCCAUAUGUAUGAAUUAGAAGGGGUCAGUGAGGCAGAGCAAUAUUUACAAACACGGAGAGCAAUGGACAUUGUUGGUAUAUGUUUUUCUGACCAGGAAGCUAUAUUCCGUACUGUGGCUGCUAUCCUUCAUCUAGGGAAUAUUGAAUUUUCUCCUGGAAAAGACUUUGAUUCAUCUGUUAUUAAGGAUGAAAAUUGCAAAUUCCAUCUACAGAUGGCUGCUGAUUUGCUUAUGGUUGAUGCAAGCCUUUUGCUUUCAAUUCUGUGCUAUCGCACAAUUAAAACUCCCGAAGGAAACAUAGUAAAGGCAGUUGACAGUUCUGCAGCUGUCAUUGGUCGUGAUACACUUGCGAAGACUGUUUAUGCUCGACUAUUUGAUUGGCUUGUUGACAACAUUAAUAAGUCCAUUGGGCAGGACGUCGAAUCAAGGUCACAAAUUGGGGUCCUGGACAUAUAUGGCUUCGAGUGUUUCAAAUAUAACAGCUUUGAGCAGUUGUGCAUCAAUUUUGCUAAUGAAAAGCUCCAACAGCAUUUUAAUAAGCAUGUUUUCAAGAUGGAGCAGGAGGAAUAUAAAACAGAAGAAAUCAAUUGGAGCUACAUUGAAUUUGUUGAUAACCAAGAUAUAUUGGAUCUUAUUGAAAAGAAACCAAUAGGCAUAGUUUCACUAUUGGAUGAAGCAUGCAUGCUCGGGAAGUCAACACAUGAAACUUUUGCAAUGAAGUUAUUUCAGAAUUUAAGAGCACAUCCAAGACUAGAAAAACCAAAGCUCUCAAAGACAGAUUUUGCCCUAUUUCAUUUUGCUGGAAAGGUGACCUACCAAACUGAUUUAUUUUUAGAGAAGAACCGAGAUUAUGUUAUAGCAGAGCACCAGAAUCUUUUGUCUUCUUCAAAAUGCUCAUUUAUUUCUGGUCUCUUCGCUUCACACCAAGAUGACCCCUCAAAAUCAUCUUAUAAGUUUUCUUCAGUAGCUUCACGAUUUAAGCAACAACUCCAAGCACUAAUGGAGACACUUAGCUCAACGGAACCUCACUACAUCCGUUGCAUAAAACCAAAUUCUCUGAAUUGUCCGCAGAAGUUUGAAAACGGCAGUGUUCUACAGCAACUGCGUAGUGGGGGUGUCCUUGAAGCUAUUAGGAUAAGUCUUGCUGGUUAUCCCACACGGAGAACAUACUCUGAAUUCAUUAAUCGCUUUGGACUUCUUGUGCCAGAACAUAUGGAUGAAAGAUUUGAUGAGAGAUCACUGACACAGAGGAUCCUAAAGCAACUAAACCUUGAGAACUUUCAACUUGGCAGGACAAAAGUUUUUCUCCGGGCUGGCCAGAUUGCUGUUUUGGACUCCAGACGUGGUGAGAUUCUGGACAAUGCUUCCAGGAUCUUGCAGGGUCACUUUCGAACCUUUAUUGCUCGCAAGAAAUUUCUUUCAACGAGGAAAGCUUCUAUCUCCAUCCAAAUAUAUUGCCGAGGGUGUUUAGCACGGAAUGUGCUUGAAGCUAAGAAACAGAUAGCAGCAGCUGUUUCAGUUGAAAGAUAUGCUCGAAGAUGGUUGUGUCGUUGUGCAUAUUUGCAUCUUCGUUCUGCUGCUCUUGUGAUCCAAUCUGGUAUUCGCUAUAUCUUAGCAGUUCAGAGAUUGCGGCACUUAGAGAAUGCUAAAGCUUCUACUGUUAUACAGGCUUGGUGGAGGAUGCAGGAGCUCCAUAAUUUCCAUCAGCAAUAUCGAAGGGCAACAGUUCUCAUCCAGUGCUGUUGGAGACAGAAGCUUGCUAAAAGGGCAUUGCGGAACCUUAAACAUGCUGCAUAUGAAGCUGGAGCUUUACGUGAAGCAAAAGGAAAACUCGAGAAGAGCUUAGAAGAUCUUACUUUACGAUUCACCUUAGAGAGGAGGCAAAGGCUUGCUGCUGAAGAGUCGAAGGCAUUGGAGAUAUCUAAGCUUGUCAAAAUCUUGGAUUCUGUGAAGUUAGAAUUAGAGGCAUCAAAUGAAGAAAAUAAAAGGAAUUGCAAGAAAAUUGCUUCGCUCCAACAUCAGUUAGAGUUAUCAUCCAAGGAUCAAGAAGCUCUGCAUAACAGUCUUUCUCAAAUGGAAGAAGUGAAGAGGGAGAAUAUUUCACUGAAGGAAAGUAAUGCAAAAAUGGAACAAGAGCUAUUAAAAGCUCAAAAAUGUAGCCAUGAUAAUAUGGAUAAGCUGCACGAUGUGGAAAAGAACUAUGUGUAUCUCCGGGAUAACUUGAAAAACUUAGAGGAUAAGAUCUCGAAUUUAGAAGAUGAGAAUCAUUUAUUGAGACAGAAGGCCUUGAACUUAUCUCCUAGGCACAGCCGAACUGGGAGCUAUCAGAUCGGGGCUUCACCAUGCAGCCCAAGGUCAUUCUAUGAAUCUUCACCUGUAAAAUUGGCACCUCUCCCACAUAACACUACAGAACUAAGGUCAAGGAUGAAUUCUGAUAGACAUGAGGAUUAUCAUGAUGUGCUCCAACGAUGCAUCAAAGAUGAUAUGGGAUUCAAGAAGGGAAAACCAGUUGCAGCCUGUAUCAUUUACAAAUGCCUUCUCCAUUGGGGAGUAUUCGAGGCUGAAAGAACAACUAUUUUUGACUUCAUAAUUCACACAAUUAAUAACAUCCUGAAGACAGAAAACGAGAAUGACAUUUUGCCCUACUGGCUAGCCAAUGCUUCUGCCCUUCUAUGCAUGUUACAAAGAAAUUUAAGGUCAAAAGGAUUCAUAAUGGCACCCUCUCGAUCAUCUUCAGAUACUCACUUAAGUGAAAAGGCAAAUGAAACAUUCCGGUAUCCUUUGAAAGCCUUUGGUCAGCGGACAAGCAUGUCACACAUUGAUGCUCGGUACCCGGCCAUGCUAUUUAAACAACAACUUACUGCCUCCUUGGAGAAGAUCUUUGGAUUAAUUCGUGACAAUCUAAAGAAAGAGAUAUCACCUCUUUUAAGCCUUUGCAUUCAGGCACCAAAACUUGCUCGAGGAGGCAGUGGAAGGAGGUCGGGAUCUCCUGAUGUGGCCGUGCAGCAACCAAUAAGUACUCACUGGGAUCGGAUUGUUAAGUUUUUGGACUCAUUGAUGGAUAGACUACAUAAAAAUUUUGUGCCUUCUUUUUUCAUCCGCAAGCUAGUAACUCAAGUUUUUUCCUUCAUUAAUGUACAGUUGUUCAAUAGUAUGCUUCUACGACGAGAAUGUUGCACAUUUUCAAAUGGAGAAUAUGUGAAGUCUGGGCUUUGUGUACUUGAGAAAUGGAUUGCGGAGGCUGAAGAAGAGCAUGCAGGUGCAUCUUGGGAUGAGCUGAAGUUCAUUAGGCAAGCGGUUGACUUUCUGAUCAUUCCACAUAAAAGCAAAAAGACCCUUGAGCAGAUUAAGAGGAAUAUUUGCCCGGCAUUAAGUGUGAGACAGAUAUAUCGUAUAUGUACGAUGUACUGGGAUGACAAAUAUGGUACCCAUAGUGUAUCAGCUGAGGUUGUUGCCAAAAUGAGGGACAUGGUGAGCAACGACACUCAAAAUCCUGUGUCCAAUUCAUUUCUUCUAGAUGAUGACUUAAGCAUUCCAUUCACAACCGAAGAAAUAGCAGAGGAAGUACCAGACGUUGACAUGUCAAACAUUGAAAUGCCCUCAUCGCUUCGUCAUGUUCACUCUGCUCAGUUCUUGAUGCAGCACCUUCAGUCGUCUUACCUGUCGCGAUGAAUUGCCUAGGUUUGCUACCUUGGUAGCAAAUAGUGAUGCCUUGUUAGCUAGCUUAGAGGAAUGAUAGGUCGUGAUAACAUAACCAUCCCUGUUGAUUCAAUUGUUGCUAAUAUUCAUCCACCAUAUGCUUUUUGUUCAUA